GAUCAUGGUGCUGCUGCCGAGGGUCAGGGGCCGGAAGCCAAUGUAUUUUGGCACCAAAGCCGGGACGCUAUUGCACUGAGGUGGGCGAUGUACAGACACCGCAUGGGUGAUUUUGGUCAGGCCAAAGACGCCUAUACGUGUGUAGCUGCCAGUGACUCUCAGGACCUGCGCUUCGUUGCUCAGGUCAACCAGGCUCUUAUGCAUGUGUUAGCUAACACAGACGACUCGAGAGAGCGCGCCCACGACAUUAUCAAGCUGCUCAUCAAUGAUUGUGGUUCUUUAGAGCCCCACGAGGCGGUGCGCCGCUCGAUGCUCGAGUUUCUGCAGGGCCUCGAGUCCUUGGAGCCUGUCAAGGCCAAAACCCAUUUACUUGCAUGUCUGCGCACUUGCACGGAGGUGGCUGACACGGCUUUGCAAGGGUGGACGCUGUGCUUGCUUGGCACAUUGGUCCUGUCUACGGGACAAUACGACCAGGCCAUGAAGAUGUGCGCAGCCGGACAGGCCAUUGCCCAGCGGGCCAACGAUCCCCUACAGAAUGCAGCAGCCAUUGGUAUUCUAACACAAAUCGAAAAGGCUGUCGGUGACCCCGAACGAUGUGCAAGCUGCUGCAGGUCAACACCAGUUCCUCAAGAAAUUCAAUAUGCAGAUCCAAGAAUGAAACUGAAAAGCUCCCCCCAGCAUAAUAGUUUUGUAUGUAACAACAAGUAAAAAAAUUUAGCGUAAUUAUAAAAAGGAAAUGGAAAAUGUG